UGCGCGCCGCCGCAAGCGGCGACACCGAGGUCCUGCUCACCAUGAUCCGGGCGGGCGCCGCCUCAGAGCCGCUCGCCGCUUCCGAGGCGAUGCUGAGCGCUGCCUGCUGCGGGCACCGCGGCGCGGUGGCGUUGCUGCUCGAGGCGGGCGCGUCGGUCUUCGCGCAGGACCGCUACCACGGCCGCACCGCGCUCGCUCUCUCCGCGGCGCGAGGCCACGCCGGCGUCGUCCGCUCGCUGCUCGCCGCGGGCGCCCCCGUCGGGGUGCGGGACGCGGGCGGCGAGUCGGCGCUGCAGCUCGCCGUGUCCGCGUCGCACGUGGCGGUGGUCGACGAGCUGCUGCGCGGCGCGGCGCGGCUGGCGGCUGGCGGCGGCGGCGGGGUCGCGCCUCCCGGCCGCGGCGGCGCCGACGCUUCUUGGGACGAGCUCCUCUCGCGCGCGACGGACUCCGAGAUCCGCGCGCUGCUGCUGUCCGAGCGGCGGCGGAGGCAGACGGAGGCGGAGCUCUGCGCGGUCGCCGAGGUGAUGGAGCGAGGCGCGACGCGGCGCCGCAACCGCCGCAAGGAGGAGAGCGCGGAGGGCGGCGGCGUGAAGGAGGAGGGGGCGGCGAGGGCGGCGGCGAGGGCGGCGGCCGGAGCGCGAGCGGUGCGCCCUUGCCAGCCGAGCAGCCGGAGGGGUGCAGUCGAGUGCGACGUCUCGACCGAUGCGGACGACGAAGAGGAGGAGGAUGGCUCGGAGGGGGGAGCGACGGCCGCGGCCGCCCCGGCGCGUGCACAGGCGGGGGCGCGGGGGCGCAGGAGCGCGGCUCGGCCGGCCCGCGAGUCUGGUGCCCGCGAGUCUGGCGCCGAGUCGGAGGGCGAGGGCGAGGAGGCGGCCAGGCUCGAGGCGGCGCCUUCGGGCGCGUCGCCGCGGCGGGCGGAGGGCGAUGGGCCGGGCACGGCGUGCGGUGGCCGUGCUGUCGACACGCAGGCGACAGGGUCGUCGCCAGGCGAGGAGCAGCAGGGGUGGGCCGUCGUCAGCCGGCGAGGCCACGGCAGCCGGCGGGGAGACAGCUCUGCGGGGGAGGCGCUCGAGGCGAAGGAGCGGGGCGGCGCGAGGGCCGAGAGCGGUGGCGACGCCAGCUUGGCCUCGCACGGCGCCCAGCCGGGCUUGACGGCCCGCCAAGGUAGGGAGGAGGGCGAGGGCGCGGGCGAGGGCGCGGGCGCGGCCAGGGAGGGCGCAGCUUGUGCGGCUGGCGGUGGGGAGACUGGCGCGGCCGGCGGCGAGGGCGGCGGCGAGGGCGGUGGCGAGGGCGGCGGCGAGGGCGGCGGCGAGGAGGGUGGCGAGGGCGAGGACGAGGAUGACGCGAUGAACGGCGAGACUUUUGGCGGUGGUGCCGGCGCGGCGUGCCGCUCUGCCGAUGAGGCUGCUGCCGGCUUGGCGGCGGCGGAGGCGGGCGAGGGCCGUGCGGGCUGGCUCCCUCCGGCGGACCUCGUCUCUGCGGGGGGGAGGGUGCGGGCCGAGGUGCUGGACAUGGAGUCUGUGGCGCGCCAGUCCGCCUCGUUCGCCUGCAGCUACGACGCCGCCACCGGCAAGGCGGGCCGGUGCGGCGGCGCGGGAGGGCAGAGCGAGCCGCCCGGCGGCCUCGCCGGCGGAGAUGGCGGCGCGCGGCAGGUCGAGGCGCUGCAGCGGCAGCUCCACUCGCUGCAGUUGCGGCUGGCGGCGGAGCAGCAGUGCGUCACGCGCGAGCAGCACAUCACGGCGCGCAUGUGGCUCGAGAAGUCGCAGGCCGAGGAGGCGGCCGCUGAGUCCGCGGCAAAGGCGGCCGAGCACCAAGCAACCACUGCGCAGUGGGACGCGUGGCACGCGUCGCAGCGCCGGCAGCAGAGGCAGCGGCGGGCAAUCCUGCUGCAUGGCCGCUCCUCGGAGGGGGCCGCCUCGUGGAGGGCCGGCUCGGGCGCCUCGCCCGCAGAGCGCCUGGUCGCCUCGAUCUGCGUCGACGUGCUCGGCCUCACCAGCGCCUCCUCGCUGCCCGACGAGGCGCGGAGCCGCCUUGCCAACCUGCUGGGCGAGGCCGCCGAGUUGGUCCGCGACCCGCCGAGCGCCGAGGCGGACCCGCUGUGCACGCGGCCGCCCGGACUGUCGUGUGGCUGAGCGCCUCAAGUAUAACCACGGCGGCUC